AUGGAGAUAACCCAACUUAAAAUUGCAAGUAAUCCAUUCGCGAAAGGAUUUCGAGAUUGUGACCCGGACGAUAGUGAAGUGGCGCUUUCUCAAUCUUCUCAACAAGGUAAACCGAGGAGUCCGACGAGAACUCCAUCGAACGGGGCGAAAGAUGAAGAUCGGCCGCCUUUAACGAACACCCAAGAUCUCCACAACUUAGCGGUGCAAACUUUAACACAAGGAAUGCAACAUGCCUCAGCAACAUUUUACCCAACCGAUUAUAACCCUAUGUAUCAUAGCAGAAACGUCAAACACAACUUUAACACGGUUUAUAAUAAAGAAAAAGGAAUUAGGAGUGGAAAAACCAUUCGGAAUCAACAAAAUGGAACGAAUUUUAGAAGGGGAGAGGAUGAAGACGUUCACUCGCAAGUUAAUUCCGCCCAACAAGAAUUACACAACCUCGUGGUACAAAAUCAUCCUUCAUAUCAAUCGAUGACCAUCCCCUCAUCUCCUUUGAUCCCCCCAAUGAUGUUGGAGCCGUCGAAUUUGGGGCAAAUUCAGGGACAUCAUCAUCAUCAUCACCCCGAUUAUUACAACUCGAUGUACACGCGGACCACUUUGAGGCACAACUAUUCGAAAAAUUCCGUUUACGCCGGAAGUUACCACGAGUUUUAUUCAGCAGCGACCGGAAAUAACGCCCGUAGCGCCGCGAGUUUGUACGCGAAUUCGCAAAAUUACGAACACACCCCAAGGUAAUUAAUUUUUAAAUUUUUUCGAAUUAAUUUAUAAAACGAUAGGGUUUUAAGAAAAUAUAUUUUAA